UGCUCGCACGCAACAAUGAAUCGUUUCUCGAUCAUCGUUCUUUUGUGCCUUUACACUACUUUCAAAAUCGCUGAAAAUCAAAUCAUCACACGUUGCACGGAGAUAGGUUCUUUCGAGAUUAUCGAUGGAACUUGCAGACAUUUCUAUAUUUGUGUGGAUAACGGUGUGAAUCUCAUCCCAGUGAUAUUUUCUUGCGACAAUACUUUUAUAUAUAAUCCUGCCCAGGGUAGAUGCGUGAAUGAAAGCACAUUUACGUGCCAACAAAUGACGACAACAACAUCAUCGACAACCACCUCAGCACCACUCUGUGUUAGAUAUGGCAGAUUCCCGAAACAGGACGUGAACUGUAAGAGUUAUUAUUUGUGCUACUGGAACGGCACCAGUUACACCAUAAUGGAUAAUCUCUCGUGCCCGAAUACGCUGAUAUUCAAUCCAACAUCAGAAAAAUGUGUAUCGCCGCUGACAUUCACAUGUUCAGGGACAUAAGGAUAAUAGAACAUUACAAUCAUACUGCAUAUGUUUUCAGUCUAUAAGAUGCUAAUGUACUUCUACAAAAUCAUCGUGUAUCUUAAUGUAAAAAAAUAUUAACAAUUAUUAAAUUGUUUAUCA